AUGAGUACAGACAAAGUUGAGAUAUAUACCCAACCACCGGACCAGGACCAGAAGAGUGAGUCUGUUGAGGAAUCGAUAGCAACAAAGCUCGAGGAACUUAUUGUAAAACAUCCAGUAUUACCUGAGGAUGCAGAUGAGGGAGAGGGCAAUGAUGAAAAGGCAGAAGAUGACCGGGGGUCAAAGCUUCAACAGAAACAAGAGAAAGCUAAGGAAGAUAUCAAGAAGGCGCAUUCCACCAAACAUGUGGAAGGCAGACACAAGGAAGCACAAGAUUCUGAAUCUGAGAGUGAAACAGAAGACGAGGCUGAUGUUGAGCUUGAUCAUGAUGGGAUGGAGGUACCCCAGGGUAAGAUUCCUCUAGAUGGACAGUUUUCUACAGAGGAGUUGAAGAAAUUGAUUGAAGUGGCACAAGAGAAGGGGAUUUUGAGUGAAGAUGUUGAUUUGAAAGUAGUUGAUUCGAGUGAGAUUGGAGACAGGAUUAGAUUAGCUGAUAGUCAGGCUAGUGACAACAAGGAGGAGGAAGGGAAAGAGAAGGAGGAGGAAGGGAAAGAGAAAGAGGAGGAAGGGAAAGAGAAGGAGGGCUAG